AUCCAACACAAAGACAAACUGACAUUAUUUGAUCACAUUAUCAUUGCUAAUUUUAUUAAAGAUAAAUCUUUUGAUAAAAUUUCAAAUCAGAACAACUCAAGAGACACAUCUAUUGCUUUUCCCAGGUUAAACCUCUCACCCAACAGAAAUACUUUUAGUAUAUCUAGUAAAUUCCUGAUACAGAUAAAAUCAAUAUUCAGCGAGAAGCCACAUGAAUACAUAAUUUCGUUGAAUACAUCAUGUUGCACUGAACUAGCAUUGCGGAAUAUUGUAGUGAUUCAUAUAAAUAAAAAACUACAAAUAAGAGAGAUCUGGCAAAUUGUGCAUAAAUAGAGAUACAUAAGACAUUCUGAAGAAUCCUGGCAGAAGAUUCUCCAAUAUAAUGCAGCAAGUAUCUUGAAAUGUCUAUUCAGCAAAUUUGGAAUCAUAUUUUUUUAUUGUCUGUUAAGUAAAGUCUACUGCAUUGUGUUCAGCAUUGCAAUCCCAUUGGUUAGUUUCUCUAUCUCAGCAUUUAGAUCAUUC